AUGAGCAACCCGAGUUACAAUUUCAGUAGAUUAUUUUCUGAGCUCGGAGGUCUUCAACAUCUCAAGAUCAGAGGUCCUCAGUACUCAACAAUUCUCGUAGAAUGUUUUAUUGAACCAAUCUCCCAUCUUACAUUACUCGAAUCACUCAAGCUCGCCCGUAUUUCUCACGAAGACUGUGAAGCCAUCAAGAACCUCGAUACAUGUAUUUCUAAUAUUCAAAAUCUUAAACAACUUGUGCUAAAUGAAGUUGAUGUCAUAAACUGGUCUUGGGGUCAACAUCAAGGACCUCCUAAUUUAGUAAAACUUACGAUUCGAGAUUGUGCUCAACUUUGUUUACCAGAUUUACCUUGGCUUAUCAGUAAUUGGGCACCGAAUCUAACUCAUCUAGAGCUCAAACCUGAUGAAACUCUAGACAUCUUACCAGGAGUAGAACCUCCAGUAUUCGAUCUCGAGAGGAAUUUAUUUAAUUUACCAAAUUUAACGAAUCUGACAAUCUGGCCAGCUAAUGAAUGUCAUUACAUUCAUUCAUUUAAAUAUUGUAAAACCUUACAACACUUAAAAUUUUAUCAAUUUCAUAACUCAAAUCUAUCAGAAGAAUUAUCUGAAAUUUUUAAUUUGAUUACUUUAAAUGAAUUUCCUAAACUUAAAUCAAUAAGUUUACCUUUAGAUUUAAAAAAUUAUCCAUUAGGUGCAAAUGUGACAUUUAUUUUAUUUCAAUUAAAUUCAUUUUGUAAUUCUAAAAAGAUUCAAUUUGAUUAUUUUAAAUGUGAUGUACCCUAA